AUGGACGAUCUUGUUCGCAAAUUUCAAGGCCUUUCCCAGGAAUGGAAUCGAAAAAACCAUGAUUUAGAUGCUUGCCAGCAAAAGCUAGAAAAGUUAACGCUCGAGCUUACCCAAUUUUCAUAUAUGCCGAAUAAAGAAAGUUCUGCUUCGAAGAGGGAACUGCUGAUUGCACGUGAUACUUUAGAAAUUGGCGCUAUUCUAUCAUUAGAAAAGCGGGAUAUGCCUGCUUUCGAAAGGUAUAUGUCUCAAUUAAAGUGUUAUUAUUGUGAUUAUAAGGUCAAUUUACCGGAAUCGCCCUACAAAUAUGAGUUGUUUGGUUUAAAUCUGUUGCGUUUACUUGCUCAGGGACGACUAGCAGAAUUUCACACGGAGGUUGAACGUUUGACUAAGGAUGAAGUCAGCCUUAAUGCUUAUAUUAAACAUCCACUUUCAAUGGAACAGUAUUUAAUGGAGGGUAGUUUUCACAAAGUAUUUCUUUCGAAAGGAAAUGUGCCCUCAGAGCGAUACAACUAUUUCAUCGAUAUUCUUCUUGAUACUACAAGAGAUGAAGUUGCUUCUUGCAUCGAAGCUGCCUAUAAUGAACUGUCCGUAGAGGAGGCGACUAAAACUCUUUUUUUCGAUAAGCCUGAACAGUUGAAAAUCUUUGCAAAGCAGGUAUACUAA